AUAAGAGAUAAAACUGACUUGACAUGCAAACAUGUUUUAGCAGCUUGGUUAGUUACUUUAACUCCAGAUAAAUUAAUCAAAAAAGAACUUACACGAGAACAAUUUCGAAGUUUAUGGUUAUAUCAAGUAUCUUAUAUGCAAGAUGAGCACACAGGAUAGUUAUAAAUUUGUCGCAAAGCUUGGAAAUCUCAAAACAGUUGUACAACUAUUAAGGUUUAUUAAUUUUAAAGAGUGGGCGACGUGUUAUUGUUCAGAAAAUGGUCUGAAAGUAACAGUAGAAGAUUUCAAAUGUAUUCAAGCAAGUGCUUACGUUCCAAUAAAUGUCUUCCAAGAAUUUAAUCUCGAUGAGGAUGUCAUGUUCAAAAUUAAUUUAACAAUAUUGGUUGAAUGUUUGGGAAUGUUUUGGAGUAGUAUGUCUAACCAGGGAUCAUCUGUCGUUCUACAGCUUUAUUACAAAGGUGUUGGUCAUCCAAUAUCUGUUCUAAUUGAAGAAGAUGGUAUUAUAACAGACUGUUCAUUAAAAACAUUUGAACCAGAUGAUCUUUUAGAUUUUAAUAUGGAACCAGAUAGUAUUGUAAAUAAAGUUAUAAUGAAUACUGAUCUGUUAAAAGAUAUUUGGAGUGAACUGGAUCCCACGACAGAGUUUAUGGAGUUGAUCCUUUCUCCUGAUGCUCCAUAUUUUCGAAUAAGCACCAAUGGACUCGCAGGCGAGUGUCAUAUUGAAUUACCUCAUGAUAGUGAAUUAAUCGAUAAUUUUGACUGUAAAGCAACAACAGCAUUUUGUUAUCAGUACACUCAUGUCAAACCUGCUACAAAAGUUCUUAGUUGUGCUAAUAAGGUAUCAAUUAGAGUUGAUCGGUCAGGACUUUUAGGUUUCCAAUAUCUUAUUAAAACUGAUGAUGGACAUACUUGUUAUAUCGAAUAUUAUCUGUCACCUGUAAUCGAUACGGAUGAAUGAAAAAUACAAAAAUCAUUCUUAUCAAGAUCUUAAUAUAUUCAGACUAGAAGGUACUGUACAUUGAUAUUCGAUAACUGGAUACUUUUUAUAAUUGAUCAUAUUUCGAGCCAGCAUCAUGAACACAUGAUGAUGAAAUUAUUUAUUACAAUUUAGCAAUAAAACAACACAAAGCUCGAUUAUACUAGUAAAUUUCUUUUCAUUUUUUCAUUUUUCUUAUGUGCAACAGAUCUUCAAUAUUAUUUAGAGAAUAAUAAACAUUCUUUUGUAAUUUAAGAGCAAUUCUAGAAAUAUACGAUUUUUAUUUUCAUUCUUAAAUAUUAACAAGUACUAUGAAAGAAAAAAUUAAUCGAUAAUCAUUACUAUAAGUAAGAUAUGUUCUGUCUAUAAAAUGUGUCACAGAGUACUAAAGAUUAAACAAAAAAGCGUUUUAGCCAUUUAUUUGUUUUUCCAAUUGAUUAAAAAUGAAAAAAUAAAAAGAAAUUUUAUUACAUUUAAAUAAUGUAAAUAUAUAGAAGCCAUAG